CUCAUUUUGCCAGCAACUCCAUUCAGUCUCGUAGUGAUCGUUGUUUGUUGAAGAUCGCGCGCGUCCGCAAGAAGUGAUCGCGAUCAACCUUAUGCGCAUCGCCAUUAAAAUUUCUGUUUUUCUGUGGCUUCCGUGAACAUUGUGGCUUUCAUCUGUGCACAAUUGAGACAGUGUUUCGAGUCAAAAGUGAUGAUUAAUAUUUUAUUGUACGGAAAACAUCAGUUCGAGUGGAUUCUCUUUUGUGGAGAAUCAACAAAAUAAUAAUAAAAAAAACAGUGGUAUUUGUGUUUCCUUUUUUUCUGGUGUCUAGUGGCAAAAGCAUGUGUAUGAAUUUGAUGUUUGUGAUUUGAUACAUAUGAUUUUUUUCGGCUUAGAAGUUAGUACGAGGAGAAGUUCAUCCUCUUUGAUUUUCCAACACCGACCAUCAUCUAUUUUGGACUAGCAGCAGACCAGAGAGCCAGACUGGUGAAAAUAUUAUUUCCUCGUUGUAUAAAUAAUAUUUUGGUGUGUUGUAAGAAAGUGCUGCAGGCCAACAACAUUUAAGUACAGUUUAGUGUGUUGCACACCAAAAAUCCACAUCAAAACUCCUCUGGAUAAUUUCAUCGGAUCAUGAUGCGGACGUUUCCAUUGGUUGUUCUGAAUAGCCCUGAGGAGCGGUGAAGACAGUCCAGGAUGACCUCACUUCGCAAAUCAGCAUCCUUUAGAUCACGAAUUCCAGUUAGACGAGCAAAAGUGCCUCUUCGCCGAUGCAGUAGUCCCCAGCCCAUUGUUUCCUGGGGACACAAAACUCAUCACUUCUGGUCGCCUGAACGACGAUACUCAUCCUCAUCCAGCUACUCCAGCAGCGAUGAGAGUGAGGAAUCCGAAGCACCAUUACAGCGUCUUCUGAGACAAUCGGCUUCGGCACAUCAUAUGCCACAUACAAUGGCAACAUCAACAGAUGCACUGAGCCUCGAUGGCCUUUUGGAUUCUGUAAGCAGUGGCGGUAGUUUUUCCAGUCCACCGAAUACACCGAAGAAAUUGCAGCAACAUGAUGAAGAUUGCGAGUUGUACGAGAACACCCAUUUGAGCUGUGAUUCACUGGAAAGGUACAACAGUGCUCUGGAGACACUAAAGCUCACCCACGAUGGUACCAAGCAGACAUUCUCGAGUACACCAGACACAAUCAAUCAAACAUCUCAAAUCUCACCGAUUCGGAGCUCCAACAGACGAGGGGGGCCUUACCAUCUGAAUCAGGUGGAUACAGGGGAGAUGACGGAUGACCAAGAACGAAGGCUGCAAUUGGAGCAUUUGGAGAAGCAGCGAAAAUUGAGUGAUUGGUACUACAUCAAGACCAGUCCGAAACCACGGCAACAGGAUUUGAGUCCCCGCAAAGCUGAUUCUGAGCUCAGACGCAGGAAAUUGCAUCUUCAACGCAAUCAAAUUGAUGGCGGAAGUCAGAGAAUUCGCCAUCAGCCUAUGGCGCGGAUGAAGACCAUCGUGCCCUUUUCCAGGAGCCUCAGUCACCAAUCGGAAGGACAACAUUCUCACGACUGUGAUAGUGCGAUAGUGUGUGAUGUGCAACGAAACUCAUGUGGUGUACCUCAUUAUUCAGUGCAAUAUCAGAGUGAUAGGAUUUUGGAGAAGUCACCAAUGAUAGCACGUCGGUGGCAUCAAGCGCGUUUUGGUGAGAUGAGCUCCAGUAGUUUUGAGCAUGUGAACCUGGGGAGCUACCCCAUCCAUUCGGCCACCAAGCGUCUGAGCAGUGUACACAAUUUGUACGAAAAUACAACGCCAAGGGAGUCUCUCAGACGGCAGGAUAAGUUCAUAAAUGGGCCAUCGAGACCGCUGCCUCUUCUGCCACUGUCCUCACCCAAAUCCGAGCAGUACUAUCCACCAAAAACGACCUCAUACCAAAGUGAAUGCGAACUCUCCGGAUCAUAUGUGUCCCUGGAGUGUCCUUCGCCUCCGGGUCCACCGGCAUGCCUUCCUGAAUCUCGACGGGAUCCACAAUCGAGGUUGAGCACAUUCUUGAAGACACUGUAUCUUGAGCUAGCUUUAAAGGAGCCACCAGUGCCAGGAUGGGCGCAACCAGUUGCUCCAGGCGCACUCAGUGCAGCACGACUGGAACCAGAAUUGCGACUUCAUAUGCAAUCGCACGGGACAAAUGAAAUCAUAUCUGUUGAUCAAUUGCUGAUGCCAAUACAGACGAAAGAUGGACCAUUUCUGGAGGCACCACGAAGAGUACUGGUGGAAUGUCCAACGUGGGCGAUACACAGCACAUUGGCGCUGCGGAUUCUACAUGCGUGGGCACGAGAUCAUCCAUGGCCACAGCGUGGUACCCCCGUGGCUGUAGCAAUUUUUAUACCAUUGGCUGAACUCAAGGGCAGCCUGUCCAAUUAUGUGGCCAAGGAGCUCCUGCCUAAGGGUCCAUCGAACCCCUUUGCCGGAGGUUUUGGUGGCUUCAAUUCAGCCUGGAACUCACUGUCGAGUCUCAAGGCAAAGCUCCUCUUUGUGCUGGAUGGGUACGAUACCCCACGUGGCUCACCAAAGAGAAAGGGCAAGAACUUGCCUGCUGAUGUGAUAGAUCUUCUGGAAGGACGCCUAUUUCCGGAUGCCCGAAUUGUAGUUUUAAGCGUUGCCACAAAUUGUUCCGAUCUGCUGCCCAUGAUGCAGAGGCAUGUCACGUACGAAGGUUUAACAUGGGGCAGAUCAGCAUCACUCCUUGGGGGUGGUCAGUGGGGAGCUCCCACGAGACUUCUGGACACAGUACAGCAGUAUCCAGCGCUCAGAAGUGCCGUCCGGACAACAUUAGGUUGCCUGGCUAUUGCGUCCAUCUACGAAUCCAAUGGAGGUGACCUUCCGACCGAAGAGAUUGACGUGGUUGAGUCAGUUAUUAAUUGUGUAGGAUCUGAAUCAUCAGCCAAUAAUGCAGCUGAAUUGGGACGAUUGGCCCUGUUCUCGUUGAAGACACACCGUUCGUCUGUGACAACGUCAGAGAUAAGAAUGUACUGCUCGAGUCCAGACUCCACAAUUCUGGGAUGCCUGGAAAAAGCACCAUUAUUUGGGCGAACGGCCAAACGGAAAGGGGAGAGUCAGUUUAUGGCAGUGUGUGCAGGUGUAACUGAAUUUCUAGCCGCCAGCUAUUUAGCCUCCCUGGCCAGUCGACCAGGAUUGUUGGCAGCAGAAAUAGCUGGAUUGUCGCUUGGUGAUGAAAUUGAUGCAGAAAUGCUCAAAAUUCUCACCUUUUCGAUGAGCCUGCUGGGGAGCAGAGCACACAUUCUUCUGUCCAAGUUGACACCACUGUGGCUCAGUCCACAGACAAUAUUCUCCCUGGCAAUUGCCGGUGGGGAAUCAGAUACCAAUCUAAAUGCCUUAUGUGACUUGCUGGGAAUCUCCAAAUCACCACCAGUCUCACCACUCGAAAUGCGUCCAAUCUGGGUGCAAAUCCGCUCAACACCGACUGAACUGAGGGGUUGGGGUAUGGCGCUCAAAAGUCCAAGUUGUACCCUGAGGAAUCUGGAGUUGGCGUAUCAAAUGGAAAAGAACACCAUUCAUGAUUCACGAAAUGGGAUUGAUCAUUUUCUAGAUGCACUUGUGUGCAAUGACAGUGUGACCACACUGAGGAUAUCAUCUCUGAUUGAAAUUGAUGCCAAAGAGACUGAAAUUGGAUAUUUGGCCAAUUGUGUUGCAAAAGCCUUAACAAAGCCCAAAUUGGAAUCAUUCGAAUUGAUUCUUACACUACUUGAGGAAGAUCCGCCGGUGCUAAAGCUACAGGCUGUCGUCUCAGCCCUCUGUCGAUCAAUUCCCCGUCAACCAAAACUCAGUUCUCUUCUGCUCGAUCUGGGACUCUGUACAUCGCAACUCGUCCAACUGUGCAGUAUCCUCGAGAAAUGCCCUCAAAUCACGAGGGUGUCAUUGCCGCAUUUGAGGUGCGAAAGAGGUGCUGUCGGUGCAUUAGCUGCCCUCCUGACCAAUAGGCCAAUCACAUCCCUGGCUCUACCAUCAUGCUGGGGUGCACGGGAUGAUCCACCAUCCUCCAGCGGCGUCAGUAUGGGUUCCGGAAGUGGAAGUAGCACGGGAACUUCUGGUCUUAUCAAACAAUCCUCCCUCACUGGUGCUCCCUCGCCUCGUUCAUAUCCACCCGGUCUAUUUUCCUCACUGCCACGCGGUGUCCUGCCGCCACCCAGUAGCAUGGGACGUUCUGCCACGUUACCUCGUCAGCCAAUUGAGUGUCCACCGGACAAACGCAGUUCGGAUUCUGUCGUAUCGUCCAAGCCAUGGUAUCCAACUCCGGCAUGUGAGGGAGGUCCUCACAAUUCGGGAACUUUGCAUGAUCUCUUCCUCACCAUUCGGGAACCGUACUCCCGGCUCAAUGGACUGGAUCUCAGCAAAGCCCAGCUUUCCCUUGAGGAUGCCAUGUGUUUGGGUGAAACUGUUCGGCUCUCGACAACGCUACACUCCAUUAAGAUUGAAGGAGCAUCACGGCUAAGUGAGAUUCUCCCAUCGGUUUUAGGUGCUAGUGAAUCUCCCUGCCUGCAAAUGAUGAGUAUCGGUUCACCAAGGCUUGCUCUCGAAGAUGGGGCUAUUGCCAUGUCAGCCAGAGCCUUGGCCAAUUGUUCAACCCUCAAGCUACUCAGCAUAGAAGGAUGGAGCUUCCGGAUAGAAUCGGCAACGUCUUUAAGUGCUCUCAGGGCUUUUCUGUCUUUCACCUCCAUCCGAGAAUUGGGACUCUCCAAUUGUCGUCUCCACUUGCCCAUCUUCAAGAGUGACUCCAUCCCCUUGUCCAACUACGAGUGUCGAUCGGUAGUGGUUAUUAAAAUUUCAGGUGCUCAGGUAAUUCUCGGGGAUCAUACAAUUCUUCGGGGUCCUCAGCUUCUACCCUACAUUGGUGGUUUUCCAUGUCUCAGAGAGCUUGAUUUAUCAGCUCCAGCUCGAUCUGGACUUGGUGGUACAACAUCUCCACCCCUCAUCAUGGAUGACAAGUGUGUAAUUACAUUCUUUCAGUGUCUACAUUUGCAGUUUAGCUUGCUAAACACUUUGAAAAUGUGCAAUUGGAUUCUUCACCUCGAUGAUGCUGCCAAGACACUCAAAAUGGUUUCAAAAUCCCUGAGAAACAGCCCUCUGAGUCACAUAAAGGUGGACGGAAUUUCUGUAUUGGAUCGCGUGAAGAAGCAUCGGAUUGAACCACAAUUUAUGCACAUAUUGUUUGCCGGUGUGCCCCAACUUAGGUGGAUGGGUGUUAGCUUGUCAGGCAUGAGAGAGGAUCAGAUUGCAGCAAUUGGAGCGGGAGUUCUGGAUUUGAAGGGGAAUGAGAUUGACAUCAGGCUCAGCGAUUCAACCAUCGAGAACGCAAGAUUAAUGACGCAAGCUAUCGGAUUGGAUGGAAAAUUUGAUAUUCGUGUUUCGACAUUCGGCACAUCAACAGGAAUCUUGAUUCAUGUUGAGAAGGCAGGCAAUAAGAGCUUGUCACGUAAACGGAAGGAUUGAGGACAACAUGGCGUUUCCCGCAAAUUUUCAUCAUUUAUAUAAGGAACAUAACGGCUAAAUACAUACACAUUUACUACAAUAGGAAUAACUCUUAAAUACUUAUGUCCCAUUUACUCCACCAAAUGCUCAAUUUUCUCUCAAAGUUCAUUUGAGGUGGUUGACUCAAUCUUGUACUCACAAACGUCUCUGUCAUACUGCAGCUUUUUCACUUCCAUAAAUCUUAUAAUGAAUGUAUUAACUUGUAAUUUAAAAUAGUAAAAGUCCUUAACGGUGCGACAUCAUUGGAAUAACUCUUUCACUUCUGUUCCUCAUCUUACCACUUUCUCGAUGAAAAUUAAAUUUAAAAAAAAUAAAUUGUUGAAAGAGUAAUUGAAAUUUAAUUUUUUAAAAAAAUGCGUCUCCUACGGAAUAUUUUCCAUUGUAGGAGUUUUGUUGGGGAAUAGAGAGAAAUAGCAGAGGUAAAUUAAAAAGAAAAAUAAAUAAAAUUUAAAAUUAAAAUUUAAAAUGGCGAAAUGGAUGCACAUUAAAAUAGUGAAAAUAUAAUUACUCCUAUUCAUACAACAUGCAUAGUAACUGUUUAAUUAAAUUGAAUGUUAAUCUAAUAGAAUUUAUAUAUUAUAUAUAUAAAAAGGUAAAUUGAAAUGAUGAAUUUUACAGAAAACAAAAUUAUUGUUGCUGCAAAUGGAGUAAUAUAGAAGAAAAUUAACCAUUGAAUAAAAGUAAAAUUAUUUGAUAAAAGAGAAAUUGUAAUAAGUGUUGAAAAUAUUUAGUAGAUAGAAUAUUGAAAAUUUUAUUGAAAUAGAGAGAAAUUUAUUUAUGUAUAGUGGUAUUUUUGGGUUCAAAAAAAAUUGUUGACUGAAUCGAAAAAAAAAAUUGAAAUUAGAGAAACAUGGAGAUAUUAUUUUGAAAAUAAUCAUAAAAAAAUAUAAUUAAAAAGAAGAAAAAUGCGAUGUAGAAAUUUACAUAUCCAGAACCAAUAUUGAUUUUCUUUAUAUACAAAAUUUAUGUUAUCGUAAUAAGAAAAUCAUAUAAAUUAUCCCCUUUGCUCAUUUUAUAAAUGUUAUUCUAUUUUAUAUUAAUAAAUGGCUGUGUGUACUGAAAGAAAAAUAUACCUUAUUGUUUGAAUGCUCAUCACUUUUAUUAUACACCAUGAUUAAUUUAUAUACUAAAGAGUAAAUGAAAAUAUUCACAUGUAAGACAAUAUUUAAGAUGAUAGACGCAAGUCCGUUGCGAUAAUUGUAUUCAAGUAUGAGAUAAAAAAAAAAAGAUGAAAAUAAACUGUAGAAAUUAGAAUUGAUUGUAUAAAUUGAUGGAACACCUCAGAAAUUUUCAAAUGACUUUUAGUAUUUGCUGAACAAGAAAAAGAAGAAAAUAAAACUAAUAAUAUUUAAGUAGAGCAUUAAGGCAUUAUUGAUGCAUAUAUAACGAUGUUAAUGUAUUAAAAAAUUGAAAUAUACAACUAUACACAAAUA